AUGACUCGAACAAAGAAAAACAAUAGCAUCCAAGAACAAUCAGGCGUCUCUUCUUCGUCUAGCGCAAGUCCUAGUAACGUUGAUAAGUAUGCAAGAUUCAAUACACCUUGGUUUAGCGAGGCUAUGAGUAGAGAACACAAUAAACAUUGCACCAAUGCUCUGAAAGCAUUAAAACGUCAUUCAUAUUCAAUUCCUUUUUUAGAACCUGUGGAUCCCAUCAAACUCAAUAUUCCUGAUUAUCCCAACAUUAUAAAAACACCAAUGGACCUUGGUACUGCAGAAAAAAAACUUAAUAAUUAUGAAUACAAGUCUGUCAAAAACUUUGAAGAUGAUGUUCGCCUUAUUUUUUCAAAUUGUGUGUUGUAUAAUGGCGAACAUCACCCAGUCUCUCAAUAUGCUAAAGAAUUAGAGGAAGUAUUUAUCGCACAACUUGCCAAAAUGCCUGGAGCUAAACCUAUUAAUAAACCUAAACCAGCUAAAGAACCUAAAGAACCCAAAAAGGAGUCUGACAAUGCUGAAGCAAAUAGGCCAAAAAGAAUGAUCAAAUUUCCCAACAAAGAAAUUCCUCAGGACACACAAACUCCUCGUCGCAAAAAAACAAAGAAAAAUGUUGAACUUAAAUUCUGUCGCUCAGUAUAUCUGGAGUUAAGAAAGAAACAACACUAUCCAUACGCUUAUCCUUUCUACGAACGAGUCGACGCAGAAAAACUAGGCGUUCCUGAAUACUAUACCAUCAUAAAAAAUCCAAUGGACCUCUCUAAAAUCAAUAGCAAGCUGGAAAAUGAAGAAUAUAGAUCAGCUGAAGAGUUUGAGGCUGACAUACGUUUAAUGUUUGACAACUGUUACAAAUUCAAUGCUCCUGGUACUGAUGUCUAUAUUAUGGGCAAACAACUUGAAAGCGUUUUUAACAAAAAAUGGGCAGAAAAGCCAGUUUCACAGUCUCCUCCAACUGCUAUUCCAAAAGACAUUAAGGAAGAACAAGAAUCAGGUUCAGACAAUGAAAGAGGUAAACAUAUAAAAGCUUUACAGAAGCAUCUUAAUGCUUUAUCGUCUUUAUCAUCUCAACUUUCUAAUGUUGGAAAAUCAGAAAAAUCCAAAACCAAAAAAUCAACCAAAAAAUCAACUAAAAAAUCAAAAUCAAAGUCUGACGCUGAUUCAUCACCUGACACCAUGCCAAAACCUAAACGUGCUCGUAUUUCAAAAACCAGUGAUGAUUUUGUUAAAGAGGACGAUGACAAAGAACUUACUGCUGAACAAAAGGAUAUCCUUGCUAAAAGAAUUGAAAAUUUUCCUGAAGAGCUUAUGAUUACACUUAUUGGAAUGAUAGAGCAAAGUGGUGCACCUAUGGUGGCCGAGGAAGGUGGCUACGAAUUGGAAAUUGAAUCUAUCGACAAAAAAACUGCUAAACAAAUUUAUAAUUUUGUUAUGGCAAAUACUUCUGAUCCAAAUAAUCGUAAGCAAAAAAGUAAAACCACCACUAAAAGAAAAAAUUUGAGUGAACAAGAACAAAUAAAAUCUCUGGAAGCGACUUUGGCUAAAUUUGAAGAUGAUAAUAAAUCCUCAUUUUAUAAAAAAGGACAAUAUAGUUCUGAUGAUGAUGAUUCUACUGACAGUCAAAGCUCAGCAUCUUCCGGAUCCGAAUCUUCAGGUAGUGGUACUGAACCAUUACAAAAAAACGACAAUUUCAAUGCCGAUUCAGAUACUGAAUAUAUCCCUUCAAAAAACGUUGCACCAACAUCAACUCAAAAAGCAUCAACAAGAAGCAAAAUAGUAGAAUCAUCUUUAGAAUAUUUGAAAUCCAAUUCACAGGCUUUAUUAACAAAUAAAAUUGACACACCUAAACAAACUGUGGCAACUCAAUCCAGAAAAAGAAAAGAAGUAGCACCGAUUAAAAGUAACGAUGCAAGUAAAAAAUUAAGCAACAACACCCAGCCAGUAGCUACCACAAGGAAGAUAAGGAAGCCCAAGAAUCUAACCAGGGGACUUACACCGUCAAUGAUUUCUAUAAUGUAUGCACCUAUACCAAACCACUCAAAUCCACCAGGUUUUGAUAGACCAUAUGUAAAACCUCCAAGCCCAUCACCACCAAGAGAAUCCAACGAACCAUACAUGUACAGCAAAGAUUUAGUUCAUGAGUUAAGACCAACCAUUGCGGUUGAUGAUUUUUUUUUGGAAAUUCCUGAUUCAGGCAUGACCACUUUCACUCUGCCAUUACAAGGUUAUAUACUCAGAAGAAUACCAGAAAAAAAAUCAAUUAUUAUCAAUGAUGGUGGUGACAAAUAUGGGUUAACAUUAGAUGGAGAUGGCAUAUUUUAUGAGCUCAGAGAUACAAAAGAAACAAUCAAUUGCACCGUUGGUUCCUGGGUCACUAUAUCGAUCCCUUUUAUUGAAACCCCAGAUAGACCACCUGUUAGAUCAAUUGCAUGUCCAUUAGCGUAUGGUCAUGAAAAACCACCAGUCAUUGUCGGUUUAAUCUUGGCUAGAAACGAUCGUGAGAUUACAGUAUUUGGACCCAAGGGAGAACCAAUCACGGUUCCCGAGCCUUACAGAACUUACAAAAGGCCAAUUGGAGGACUUUCAUUUAAAGAUGAAAUUCCAGAAUUGGCCCAAGCAGAUACUAGCAAGGAAGGCGACACAGUUGAACCAAGAUUAAUCGUACCAUCAACUAGUGGAAGAGAUAGAACAGCCGGUGUAGUUUUAGCUUGGCAUAACAACUGGGUCUUGGUAGCACGUUCUGAUGAACGUGUAGUAAUCAAAAGAAUAUCAGACAGAUUGUAUAAGAAGGUGCUUGAAGCAGCUUUUAAAUAUUUAAGCCUUGAUGAACUUCCUGAAGCGCAUGAAGUUACUCUUUAUGAAUAUGAAGAUUAUAGAGUAGCACUUGCUAAAUACAUACACUACAUACGAGAGAAGUAUUCUAUAGUUCAUAAUCCAAAACGAAGUGCUUUUAAAGAACACGAACCAAUUGGUAGAGUUGUUAAUGGACUACAAGCAUUUUGGUCUUUAAAAGGAAUAUAUCAUUUGAGUGUGAAUUGUGAAGAAGCCAUCAAAAGAUCUGGUGUAGAGUACAGACAAUAUUUGAAAGAUUCGCGUAAAAGGAAAUUAGAAUUGGCACAUGAACAGUAUUCUGAAGAGGCACAACGUAAUAAAGAAAAAUUAAAAAAAUUGCGACAUACUCUAAAUGAUUAUAAGAGGGUAGAACCUACAGCCCUUGAUUUAAUCACAACAGAUGAAUCAAAGGAUGAAUAUGCAGUGGAAAGGAAUAAGCAACUUCUCAAGGAAUUCCUUUGGUCCAAACGUGACUAUGAUUUUAAGGCGCUCCAAUCAAGAAUAUAUGAUCUAAGGCGCGAGGAAAAAGAAGGGCAAAUCUUUUAUAAUGACAAUAUAGAGCAAAUCAAUUUAGAUAAGAGCACCUUCAUUUCUGCGUGUCUCUAA